GCCGGCGGCCCUUGGGGAGUGAUCGAAACGUGUAGUAGUAGCAGGGCUCUCUUCGUCCCAUUCAUUGACACUUGAUAGUGUCUCCAGAACACUCACCUCCGUUCUAGCUGAGCACAAGUCACACUCACCAAGGAAGCUGGUGGGAGUCGGACACACACCCAGACGUACACCCACACCCUUGGCCCCAGGGCUGUAAAGCGCGAUCCACGGAAUCCAGAGGAGACCGAAACCCAGGAGUCGAUGGAACCUCUCACUGCAAAAUCUCCCCGCUUUCUGAGGCUGAAGCCGAGAAGAACGCCACAGGACAACGCAGGGGAAGAGGGGGCACCUCCCCCUUACCUUGAUGGCUUUCUCCAUGUCGCUCUCCUCCGACAUACUCAGUGGGGCCCCCACAGCCGGGAGAGGCAGAGGCUGCGCAGCCGCCCUGUCCCCGCGUGGCCGAGGAAGCAAAGGGCUCGGCUCUCGGGCCCCUGGGCCUCGUGACGACGGGAGGCAGCCGCCCCUCGGGACCGGUGGGGAUGAAGACCCCGGAGCCGGCUCUGCUUCGGCGGGCGGCUCUAGGCUGGCGGCAGCAGCAGCGGCGGAGGCGGCGGCCCCUGGGGACAAGUCUUUGUGCUGGGCCCCGCGCGGCCGCCUCCUAGCCUCAUCCCCGGCUGGGGAGUCAGGCUCCCGGGGUAGGGCGAGGCGGGGAGGGCCUCCACCCGGGGCGCUGUGCAGGGGCCUCGUGGGGCCGCCGCUUAGACCCGGGCUCGCCAGGUCCUAAAGAGGAGCCUGCGCCUCCGCCUCCGCCGCCUGCACCGCCGCGAAGCCGAAGCCGAAGCAGAGCUCGGCGCCGCUGCUCCCGCCGCCGCCUCAGCGCCACACAUCGCCGGGACACCCGCGCCGGGCAGCCCCGCCGGCCGCCCUCACGCACGCGCUGUGCUCCGCGGGAGCUCCGGGCCGCCCCUUUUGCCGCCCAGCUUCGUGACUCCACGGCCCCACGCGCCCCUUGCUGCCUUCAGCUGGG